AAAAUGUCAUGUUAGAAUAAAUGUCAUAAAUGUGUAUUAUCACGGACUUACCCUUUUUCCUAUCAUUUGUGACGCACUGAAAAAUGAUCAUGAAAAGGACAAUAUACACAUUUGCUUUACUACAAUUAAAUUUGAAACUUGAAACAUCCGAAUAGUUCUGCUUCCCUUCCCCUUCCCAUAAUAACAAAUAUUUUUCUAUCAAACAAAUACUAAACAUCAAAAUAGCGUGUACCAAAAUAUACAGUCACUGCGCACGCUAAAUAAUGACGUCACUGGCUUGAUGAAGUAUAAUUCGCGUGUACCCAACUUUUUUAUUUGCGUACACGUUAGCGUGUACCUAUACACAGCGAUUUUUUUCAGCCUAGUCCCGGAUUCGACUGAAUUGAAGUAUGAUACAUACUUGAAAACACUUCAAUCAUUUAAAAAAUAACCUCGAAAAGAGACUCAUCAUAAAAAUGAGAGGGAAACCCACAGAGAUCUAGUCUACUCCACUCCUAUCUCGAUGAGUCUAGUAGGCACAUUUAAAGCUAGCCCUACACUUGCGAUUUUUAGUCGCGGUGACAAAAACAAAAAAAUCGAUGUCGCAGUUACAUCAAGUGUUUUCCGAUGGAUGGCAUCGAAACGACUUUUGGUUUUGGACAUGUGGAUGCUUUUUAGUAAUUUAGUACGUUCGCUAAUGGUAAAAUUAAAAUAUUGCAAAGCCUCUUUGUUCCAACACAACGAGAAACCGUCCAUGUAACGAUCACCGUCCUGCGCAGUAAACAGAAUAACCCAUGGAACGCACGAUGCACGAUAUACAGACACCAUAGAUAUAUAAUACUCUAGAUUGCGCCCUGCGAUCUUAAAAUGGGUGACCGUUGCGACAGAGAUAAAUGAGCCUAUUUGGUCGGUAGUCUCUUUUUAAUUUAAGGGGAAUAUCGACGACGUGACUAUCCCACUUUAUCGAGUAAUAUGUGUUGACAGUUGGAGCGGGUGGUGACGAGAAAUGGUCUUUGGUCUUCCGACAUGGAUAAUCGUGGUUCGAAUCCCAUACCAACUUUACCUUUUUUUAUUUUUAUUUAAUCAAUAUUGCGUUUAUUAGAUAUUUUUACAUCUGAAAAAUGGACCUAAGUAAAUCUAGCAGAUAAUAAAUGUACGUAUGUAUAGUAAGUUAAUAUUGGAAUACAUAAUUUGUGAACUGCAUAGUAAAAUAAGUCAUUCGUUAUUAAUAUAAAUUCGUCCUUAUUCGAAUGAUGUGAAGUGAACAAUAUUUGUUUUGCUUCUACUUUUUUAAAAAAUUGUAACAAUAGUUUCAUAAAUAAAAAUAAUGUCUAAUUACUUAUAAUUGAAUCGGUCAUUUCAAAAACAGCAAAGUCCACAAUUUUGAGAAACUAACUUUUUGAGAGGAAUAGACUCCUUUAAGAUAAACGUUGUGUGCAAAAACGACACCAGUCCAGUAAAAACAUUAGGAACAAAACUACAAUAUAACUCUGAAUUUUGAUGUCAUCCAUUUCAUCCAUCUUUCGACUAUAUAGUUAAGUUUUCUUUGCUCUUCUGUAAAAUUAGGAAUAUGUGACUCGUGUUGUUUUUGAAAUGACCGAUUCAAUUAAUAAAUCGAUGGUACAUUAUGUUGAUAUUAAUUAUUGGUAAUUUUUUACGAAUAUUUUUAAUUACUUUAUACUAUUCUACCAUUAACUUAUUAAAAAAAAUAACAUUGGCUUUUAUAUUUUUAAAAAUCUAUAGGUACCUACACAGUUUUUCUUAUUUGUUAUAUAUUUCUUUGCAUAUAUUUAUUUUAGAGAUGUAAUAAUAUCUAAUAAACGCAAUAUUGAUUAAAUAAAAAAUAAAAAAAGUAAUGAUUGGUAUGGGAUUCGAACCAGGAUUAUCCACGUCCGAAGACAAACGACCAGUUCUCGUCGCCAUGCGCUCGAACUGUCAAACCAUCUAAAAUACUCGACGACAGAGUAGGAUAGUGACGUCGUCGAUACUCCCCUUGAAUUAGAAAGAGACUACCGACCAAAUAGGCUCAUUUAUCUCUGUCGCAACCGUCACCCAUUUUAAGAUCGUAAGGCGCAAUCUAGAGUAUUAUAAAUCUAUGACAGACACAGAGUCACAGAAUGCAUGCGCAUGGAACGUUGUGGUUAUAAUAAGGUUAUAAUAAACAAAACAAGUUUUGUUUUGUUUUAAAUAUUUUCGUUCAAUUUAUUUAUUAUGGAAGUUAAAAAAGAAAUUAAAGAAGAGUUGAAAGAAUAUGACCAAAGAUAUGUGGAUAGUUUGUUAUCCUCAUCAACAAUUCCUGAAGACUAUAAAAAUGAAUCAGAAGAGAAGUACUCAGUCGACAUUAACGAAGAGUUUGGGAAACAUGACGAAAGAUAUGGUAAAAGCCAGCUGUCAACAUCACUAAAUCUUGAAAACAUUAAGAAUGAACCAGAAGGAGAAUACUCAGGCUCCAAAAGGAAAAAAAGAAAAAAAACUUUUGAUUUAACUAACCCCCAAGAUAUUGAAGAAGUUAAUAGAUUAUUUGCGGCGUCUGAUGAAGAUGAUGACGAUUUCAGGGGUGAAAGUUGCGGAGAAGAAAGCGAAAUUUAUUCAGAUGGUGUAGAAGAGCGAGAUGAGGGAUCAGACACAGAACAAGAAGGUGCUGACGAAGAUGAAGACAGUUUUGAAAAAAGUAACAUCUUUUAUUUGGGAAAAGAUAAAGUUACAAAGUGGAAUAGGACUGCCCAGAAAAGAAAUGUGCCUCGAGUGUCCGAUAACAACAUUACUCAAUUACUUGGAGUUAUUGGAGAAGCGAAGUUAGCAAAAACUCCUGUUGAAUGCUGGAAUUGCUUGUUUACAAAUGAUAUUCUAAAUGAUAUCGUGAUGUACACUAAUCAGUAUAUAGAUGCCAUAAAAGGAAGAUUUUCCAGAGAACGGGAUGUAAAUAAUACAGAUUUGCUUGAAAUAAGAGCUUUUGUAGGACUGCUUUACUUGGCUGGAGCGUACAAAGCAAAUAGAAUAAGUCUUGAGGAACUUUGGGGGAAAAAUGACGACGGCAUAGAGAAGUUUAGUCUUGUAAUGAGCAUUAAGAGGUUUAAGUUUCUUAUGCGAUGUCUCUCUUUCGAUGAUCUCGAAACAAGAUCUUCCAGAAAAGAAAAUGAUCGUCUAGCACCAAUACGUGAUAUCUUCACAAAAUUUGUUCAAAAUUGUCAAGCUAGUUACUAUGUUGGUGAAAGCGUUACGAUUGACGAAAUGUUGGUUGCUUUCCGAGGUAGUUGCCCUUUUCGACAAUACAUUCCAUCAAAACUCAGUAAAUAUGGAAUAAAAGUCUACGCUCUUGUAGAUGCCAAAACGUUUUAUUCUUAUAACUUGGAAAUUUAUACAGGGAAGCAAAACGAGGGACCUUUUUGUGUAAGUAACAAGACACCUGAUGUAGUGAAAAGGUUGGCUGAACCUCUUUUUGGUUCGGGAAAAAACAUAACAGCUAAUACCAGAUUUACAGAAGUAAGUCUGGCGAAUGAAUUGAAAGAGAGAAAACUCUCCUACGUUGGUACAAUCAAGAAAAAUAGAAAACAGCUACCAAAGGAAUUCAUUGUUACCAAAAAUAGAGCACAAUAUUCUAGUAUCUUUGGCUUCAGUGAUGAUGGUGUCACUUUGGUGUCCUAUAUUCCAAGAAAAGGUAAAAAUAUCCUUCUUCUAUCGACACUGCAUAAUGAUCAUUCAAUUGAUCGUAAUACUGGUGAGAAGUUUAAACCAGAAAUAAUUACAUACUAUAAUGCAACAAAGUUAGGAGUAGAUACUGUAGACAAGAUGAUUGCUUCUUACAGUGUAACCCGUAACAUAUCACGGUGGCCCAUGGUAAUAUUUUUUGCAAUGUUAAACAUUGGUGGAAUCAAUUCCCAUGUCAUACAUAUUGGAAACCGAUCAGAAUUUUUAAAAAGGAGAGUGUUUCUGAAACAACUCUCUCACGAACUUGUGCUUGGACAACUCGCUCGACGAUCUACAAAUACAAUUGGCUUGUCAUUACACUUCCAACGAAAACUGAAAAGGUUCUGUAGUCCCGAUGUAGCCCCUAAUGAGCAAAACAAUGAAGAGUCCCAAAUACCGUCUAAGAGACGAAGAUGUGAAACAUGCAUUUCUGAGACAGGCCUAAGAAGACUAUCCAAAUAUGAAUGCAAAAAGUGUCAUAACGCUAUCUGUCUCUCACAUGCGGUGUUUAUGUGUUCCCCAUGCUAUAAUGGGAAUGAGUGAUGAUAAAAACUUUACUAACAAGAUUGACUUCUGAAUUGUUAAGUAUUAAAUUUAUUUAAUUUUAUAA